AUGGACGGCCAUCUUCAAGGCGCAGAGGACUUGCUUGAGGAGCUCCUGAAGCAGGCGCAGAGCGAGAGCAACACCGGGCCCGGGGCGCAGGGCGCAGGCUACGCACGGCACGACGGCAAGCAGCGACAGCAGAGCAUGGCCAGCCAGCUGGCGGAUGACGGGGCGUUUCUGGACGAGUACUUCCUCGCGGGCGGCGACGGGCUGUUCGCGGACACGCUGCUGCCGGAGUUCAAGGACGACGGGGGGCGGUCGCCGCUGGGGUCGUCGCUGGGCAGCAUGACGAGCGAGUUCCUGUCGCCGGCGGGGUCCGUGCAGCAGGCGCAGCGGCGGGGCUCGCUGGAGUCGGGCCCGCAGCACCUGCGGUCGCCGUCGGCCAGCGCGCGGGCCGGCGCGCACCUCUCGUCCAGCCUGCGCAGCCAGGCGCGGGCGCGCCAGUCGUCGCUCAGCAGCCUGGCCAGCACGCCCGUGCUGGAGGACGGCGCGGGCAGCCUCACGCAGGAGGAGAAGCUGCGCCGCCGCCGCGAGUUCCACAACGCCGUCGAGCGCCGCCGCCGCGAGCUCAUCAAGUCCAAGAUCAAGGAGCUCGGCAAGCUCGUGCCGCCCAGCCUGCUCAACUACAACGACGAGGGCAAGGAGGUCCGCCUCAACAAGGGCAUCAUCCUGCUGCGCACCGUCGAGUACCUCGAGUACCUGCGCCAGGUCCUCGACGUCCAGGCCCGCAAGCGCGCCCAGCUGCUCGACAAGCUGCGCACGCUUGAGCGCCGCCGCCGCGACCUGCCGCCGCCGCGCCCGGCCGCCGCGCCCGCGCCGCGCGCCUCGCUGGACUCGCCCGAGCAGAUCAUCGACGGCCGCGCGCUCCCGCAGCUGCUCAAGGACGACCCGCCGCCGCUGGCCGACGAUCUGCGCCAGUUUCUGGCCGGGCCCCAGAUGGAGCACGAGGACAAUAGCAAGCUCAUCUUCAGCGCCCCGGAGCACCCCGCCGGCUUUCUGCUGAACUUCGAGCCCUGA